AUGGCAGACUAUCUAACUUCAGGUGGUGAUUGUUUUCGAGGGUGGGGGAUGUGUGGCGACGCGUUUGGGACGUUUGGGUUCGAUGUACACCACAGGUACUCUGAUCCAGUGAAAGGAAUUUUGGACCUCGAUGGAUUGCCUGAGAAAGGUAGUAUGGAGUACUAUUCAGCUAUGGCUCAUCGUGAUCGGUUCAUCCGGAGACACGGUGGUCGACGGCUUGCCGACACCGUUGACUCAUCACCGCUCACUUUCGAUGGAGGCAACGAAACUUAUCAAAUCGAUGGUUUAGGAUUGUAUGGCUUCUUAGUCCUUUUUACUUGA